AUGACAACUGAUCGCUGGGCAUUCGGGAUUUUGGACGAAUUAGCACAAGGUGGGCCAUUUUAUUUGGCUAAUAUGAAAAAACUUAGGCAACUGGGCGAUAAUUGUAAAGAUGUGCUAUUUUGGGUAAUGGAUAAUCCGAAUGAGGUGACUCUUACUCAUUGUUACUUUGCAAAGCGAGCCCUUCAAUACAUUCGCAGAAAUGAAAUUAUCCAAAAAUGGAAAUCAUGGCGUGAAUAUAAGUUAGAGAUUUCCAAUCUGGAAGGUUUCGCAAUGAUGGCGGCCUUUUUUAACGAAAGAAUCGAGGUGAUCGAUAUAAUGCGUGAGAUUGACGAACUAGCUCUUGAAUUUAAUUCAUUAUGUCAAAAUAAUCCACCUGAUUCUCAAUUGACCAAAUUCCGACUCCUUGCAAAUUUCUUUGGCUCAAAAUAUCCUUCCACUGCUUCCGUGCUUGAUAUCGAAACUAAAUUUUUAUAUUUAGUCAUGCCACUUUUGGAGACUAAACAAAGCAAGGCAUGCGUAAUGACUGUAUUAUUUGAAGCUUUAGCAGAAAAGGUUGGAAUUGAUAACGUGGACAUUGUUUCUGACCGAGAAAAGUUAAC